CCCUCGACACCUCGUCGCUCUCCUUCCCCUCUUCCCCCGGCGAACUCGGACCCCCUCGCUGCAGCCAUGGUGGUGAUGAAGAUGAAGUUCCCCUUCCAGAAAAGGGUGAAGCUGGCCCAGGGCCUGUGGCUCCUCUCCUGGUGUGCCACAGUGGCCGGGGCCACGACCUUCACCCUGGGCUGCAUCCUGAAGACGGAGCUCCGCAGGAGGGCAGAGGUGAUGGACAACUCAGACAUACAUAUUGUGCCGAACACCCUCAUGAUUGUUGGCCUGGCUUCGCUGGGCAUCAACUACUUCGCGUCGAAGAUCUGCCAGGACGCCCUGGACGCCGGGCGAUUCCCUCGCUGGAAGAACUUCCUGAAGCCCUACUUCGCCGUCUCCUGCUUCUUCACCGUGCUCAUGCUGCUGGCCGUCAUCAUGAGCUACGCCAUGAAGGGCAGCCUGGAGUCCUCCCUCAAGGUCGGCCUGAGGAACGGCAUCCGCUUCUACAAGGACACGGACACCCCGGGCCGCUGCUUCCAGAAGCAGAACAUCGACCGCCUGCAGAUGGAGUUCCAGUGCUGCGGAAACAAUGACUUCAGGGACUGGUUUGAGGUCCAGUGGAUCAGCAACCGCUACCUGGAUUUCAACUCCAAAGAAGUGAAAGACCGCAUCAAGAGCAACGUGGACGGGCGCUACCUGGUGGAUGGGGUCCCCUUCAGCUGCUGUAACCCCAGCUCUCCCAGACCGUGCAUCCAGUAUCAGCUCACCAACAACUCGGCUCACUACAACUACGACUACCAGACGGAGGAGCUCAACAUUUACCUCCGAGGCUGCAGGGAGGCCCUGGUGCACUACUACAUGGGCCUGAUGAACACCAUUGGAGCUGGAGUCCUGUCCAUCUUCAUCUUACAGGGCUCCGUGUUGGUGAGCUUGCGGUUCCUCCAGACCGCCAUGGAGGCGGUGGCAGGGAAGGAAAACACAGAGAUCGAGACUGAGGGCUACCUGCUGGAGAAAGGAGUGAAAGAGACCCUGAUGGAGUACCUGGACCCCCUGCUGAAGUUCCUCCUGAUCAAAAACGGUGUGGAGGAGGGCACUCCCGAAGGAGCAGCCACCACGCCCGCAUAAAACUUGACCAAUGAACUUACAUGUAAAUAAUUUUUACACAAAGAGGGCAACUAAUGCAUGAUUUAAAUUUAACACA